AUGCACAAUUCCCUCUGGGACACCAGGACUAUUUCCUACACUGGAUGUGCUGCACAGCUAUUUUUCUUUCUCUUCUUCAUUUCAGCAGAGUAUUUUCUCUUGACUGUCAUGUGCUACGACCGCUAUGUGUCCAUCUGCAAACCGCUGCACUACGGGACCCUCCUGGGCAGCAGAGCUUGUGCCCACAUGGCAGCAGCUGCAUGGGUCAGUGGCUUUCUAAAUGCUCUCAUACACACAGCCAGUACAUUUUCCCUGCCCCUGUGCCAUGGCAAAGCCCUGGGCCAGUUCUUCAGUGAAAUUCCACACAUCCUCAAGCUCUCCUGCACAAAAACCUUCCUCAGGAAACUUGGAGUUUCUGUUUUCACCACCUUCUUAGCAUUUGGUUGUUUUGUAUUCAUUGUUUUCUCUUAUGUGCAGAUCUUCAGGGCUGUGCUGAGGAUCCCCUCUGAGCAGGGACGGCACAAAGCCUUUUCCACCUGCCUCCCCCACCUCACCGUGAUCUCCCUGUUUGUCAGCACCUCAUUUUUUGCCUACCUGAAGCCCCCCUCCAUGUCCUCCCCAUCCCUGGAUCUGGCAGUGUCAGUUCUGUACUCGGUGGUGCCUCCAGCCCUGAACCCCCUCAUUUACAGCCUGAGGAACCAGAAGCUCAAGGAUACCCUGAGGAAAAUGAUGACUAGCUGCUUUUGA